AUGUUUGCAAACUGAUGUUUUGAUCAAGCCGCCCGCCAUCUUCGCGACGGAGCAGGCGAGCUCCAAAUAACAUCGAAUUUUUGCAACAUUUACGGAACCAUCAGAAGAAAUUAGCACGGCUUUAUGUGAAUUGAUGUUUGGAGACAUCAACGGAGGGAAAUGAGUUUGGAAACUUUGUUGGAAGCAGCAGAAUUUUUGGAGUCGCGCGGACAAGGUACAGACGGGGAUAGGAAGCUGCGACAGAGUAUUGAAAGACAAUUUUCAGAGCCUGGGACAUCUAUUGAUGGCAGUGACAACGGAUUUCAUUUCGUGAAGGGCAGACCGCGGACUAAAUCCGGGUCAAGCAGGUCAGAUAUGCCCGUUUCUCAUGGAGGGUCUGAUAACUUUUUUCUCAGAGCUGGCACCAGAGAAGUUCACAACAAGUUGGAGAAAAACAGACGAGCACAUCUCAAAGAGUGUUUUGAUUUCUUAAAGAAGAACAUUCCAAGUCUAGAGGACAGAAGAACAUCAAAUCUCGGCAUUUUACGCAGUUCACUUCGAUACAUUCAGAACCUGAAACGGAAGGAGCGUGAAUUUGAAUUGGAGAUGCAAAGGUUUGCUCAUGAGAAAAUAGUUCUUCAAGAGCGUAUGAAUACAUUGAAAGGAGAGCUUAACAAGAUGAAUAUUGAUGUGGACAUAAAUGCAUUUGUUUACCUGCCGGAAAAUGAUAAUGACUCCAAUUCAACAUCUACAGCAACAGAGAGAGGUACACCACCACCAAGUGAUCAUGACGAACAAGAUGACGAUGAAGAGGAAGCAGAAAAUCUUGCUAUGGAAAGCAACUCCCCUACACCUAAAUCACCCAGAAAACGUAAACUUUCUUAUAAAAAAGAAAUACCAAGCAAUAUGAUCCAUACGGAAUCAUUCCCAAAAAUAGCAUUGCAUUCAUCUGCCAAUGGAAUGAUCACUAAAUCAAGUUCAGCUCCAACAUUUUCAGUGCCAAGGCCAUCUCCGAAAAAAGUUAUUCCUAUCACCUUAAGCUUGUCGGGACCUGUGCCCUCCCCUUCUUUGUCUGUGAUAAACACCAUUAACCCCGGACCAGCAGCGUUUGAAAUGAGCGUCACUGGGAAAAUACUUGAGAUUCCACCAGUUCGAACACCAGUCACGCAGAUUCUGCACCGUACGCUGCAGCAAAGGCAGCAAGCCUUACUGACACAGAAAAUGGCAACAAACUCAAGCACAGUUUCUAAAGUGGCAUCUGCACCUUUGACGGUUGCUCAGCUGAAAUCACCUCCCCUGUCUCAACCCCUUCCAGUUGUUACUAUGGCGACUACACAGCUGACAGCUCAACCAUCAAUGGUUGUCAAGGAUGGAAUUGUGUCGUCGACAAAGCUUAUCACCAGUGCAGUGGGGACAGGUGCAAGUAAAGUUGUAAGCGCAACGAGUGGAGUACCUACAAUGAGUAUUCCAUAUUACAUGGCAUCUUUGCAAAAGAUCGCACAUCCUGUUUUGGUGACAUCAUUAAUGGCCCCUGCGGUUGGACUACAAUCGACCUCGGCAACUGUUCCAUCAACGUCACUUAUACCAACAAUAUCUUCAGGCACACCGGCCUUGCCUGUAAAAACUGUUUCAAAACCAGAAACCAUCACGUCAUUGACAUUAGGAAAUAAUAACAUUAGGACAUUGAAUAAUUUACCAACUAUUGCACUUGUAUCUACGGCAAAGUCUGAAACUUUGCCUGCAACAACUGUUGCGACAUCAUUACAGUCAGCAUCAAUUCCAAUUAGACCAAUAUUUGCUCCAAAUAUAUUGCCAGGACAGCAGCUUGCUUGGCCAUUUGUGACAAUUCCAAGGUCCAACGUGCUUGUUUCAUCAACACCUGUUCCAUCCCAAGCUGCAACAGUUGUUGCCACGUCAACAAGUCAGGUGACCUCGCAUCCUCUCGUUUCAUUGGCUCAGUUAAAUCAGCUGACACAGAUGAUGACCCCAAUGACAGUGAUGUCACCUGGGAUUCAGAUGGCUCCAUCGGCACUAACUCAAGCGCAGUUAAAUUCUAUGUUUACAUCGCCACUAUUGAAACAAUUCCCACUUGGUAUCCCAUCAUCCUUACUUCAGUCUGGGCAGGUUCUCGGACAACAAGUUUUAAAACCAGUUGUUGUUGUGACAGUGCCAAAUGUCAUGUCCCAAUCAUCGGCAACGUUGCCUAGCAACACAGCAUUGGUAACAUCCUCAUUGUGAUAUUAUUAACUAGUCUCUAAACCAAAGGGAAAAGCAAAUUUGAAAUUUGAGCUAAUCUCUUACUAAUGGAAAGGCAAUACCGGAAUGUUCAAAUUCUCAAACAUAAUUGUUUUCAAUAAGUCAAAUUCAUAAAUAAAAUCUGAAUAGAUCCUUCGGAAGCACCGAGAACAAGGCAGACAGUGAAAAUUGCAGACUCGGUUUGAUUAUAUUGGAACUUUUUGUAUGUGAAGGAAUUCUCAUAUGAGCCGUGCCAUGAGAAAACCAACAUAGUGGGUAUGCGACCAGCAUGGAUCCAGACCAGCCUGCGCAUCCGCGCAGUCUGGUCAGGCUCCAUGCUGUUCGCUUUUAAAGCCUAUUGGAAUUGGAGAAACUAUUAGCGAACAGCAUGGAUCCUGACCAGGCUGCGCGGAUGCGCAGGCUGGUCUGGAUCCAUGCUGGUCGCAUACCCACUAUGUUGGUUUUCCCAUGGCACGGCUCAUAUACAUUUAUGGAUGUAGGGUCAUAGAAUUUUAUUCAUAUUGAGCUGUCGUUACAUGGGAAAAUAAGUAAAAAGUAGUACAGUACUGGGAAAUCAUUAAUAUUCGUUGGGGACUAAUUUUCGUGGUUGAGUCAAUCUAUGAAAUUUAAUCCCAAUGAACAAGUAAAAUUCACUUUUAUUUUAUGUUCAAAAGUUGAAAUCCAUGAAUUCAUAUCCCCAUGAAAUUGCUGUUUUGACCAAAGCCAUGAAAUUAAAUGAUUUUACAGUAUUGCUAUUAUAGCUGCCCAACAGCUGUUGCAAGGCUAUUGGUUUUAUUUCUUAAUUUCUUAAUUUUGUGUCAGAUAAGGAGGGCGUGGCUUGUGGUCAUUGGUUAUAAGUAUUGCUUAACCAGAUAUAUUCAGCUUAAUAUUUUUUAUGAGUUUUUCCCAUUUUUGAUGUUGGUAAAGUUUUAUGCUGAUAAACAUACCACAGUAAGAGAAAUGAUGUUUCAGUUUUGCUUUACUCUCACUGUUGUGUGUAUGGUAUUAAAUUUAUGUGAACUUUUAACUGUAAAAAUAUUUCAGUAGAAGGUAGCAAUUUAGAUAAUUAUUUGUUUAAAAUGUUUUGUAUUAUAAGUGGCAAUAUAAUUGUCAGUUAAUGUUCUGUUAUAUUUAUGCACUAGAUGUCAUACUGGCUUCUAAAUUGAUUUGUUAUUGAUGACAUUUCUUUUAUGUGAUAAAUGAAUUAUUGUCAUAAUUGAUGGAUGUUUGAGUGACAUAAUUAUGGUGGAUAAAAUGUUUUCAGUUUUACAAAGUGAAUAUUAAGUUGUUGAGGUUAAUCAACAUGCAUUCAGCAUAAAUUAUCUUUUGUAGGUUUUAAACUUGAAAUAAGUGAAUUUUGUAUGGAUAAUCUGAUAUUUUUGAGAAGAUGUAAUUUUAAUAAAUUUUGCUUUUUUUCUGUGUUUAAACAAUAAACUAAGACUACAUGUAGAUAUACCGGAGUUUGAGACAAGUAACACAUUAAAAUAAGAAAGAAGUAGGUACAUAAGCAUAGCAUAGAGGCAAUGAUUUAGGAAUAAAUAUCUCAUGCACAAUUCUAGACCAAAGUGUGCGCCCGCCUGCUUAGCUCAAUAGGGAGAGUGCCAAUCUGCGGAUUGCAGGGUCGUGAGUUCGAUCUUUGGGCGGGGCGUAUGUUCUCCAUGACGAUUUGAUAACAGACCCAAAUCAUUCGUCCUCCACCUCUGAUUCAUGUGGGGAAGUUUGCAGUUACUUGCGGAGAACAGGUGAAUACUGGUGUAGAAUCCAGGAACACUAGUUAGGUUAACUUGCCACCGUUACAUAACUGAAAUACUGUUGAAAAAAACAGCAUUAAACAAAAAAAAAAAAAAAAACCUAGACCAAAGUAAAACUUGCUAUUUACAUACCAUUCAUUAAUCAUUUAGCAUAUAGGUGUAACCAGACAAAAUUUAUUCUCGUAAACUAUCUUUCGAAAGAACUCAUUCAACAUAAUUACUUGAAUGAAGUUUUAGAUAUUAAAAUAUCUUGCCAUUAAUUUAUCUCACAGCUAUGGUAUAUUGUAUUGAAUUUUAAAUGUCAAGAAUCAAACCAGAUGUGAUGAACUGAAAGGAAGUAUGGAUGUCUAUCAUUUCAGUUAUGUCUGGAGUUCCAUGUAUUUUUGCUGCACAUGUUUGGUGCUCAUAUUUGUUUAGUUGUUGCAUUCAUUACAGUGUUUAUGCAUGCAUACCAUUUUAAUGUAUAAAAGGGAAAGAGUCUACUUGACAAAAUCACCCAAAGUAAGAAACAAGAUGAAGAUAUAUUUCCUUUUAUUUUAUCCAAAAAAAAAUCUGUAGAUGUAAUUUUUAAAAGACCAUCCAGUUCACUGCUUUAAGAUUUUUGCGCCGCCCCCCCAAAAAAAAGAAAUAAAUUGGGGAAGGUGGGGGAGCACAUGGUUGCCCUUGUCUGAUCGCCUGAAUUUGUGUCAUGCAUAUCACAAAAAGUAUUUGACCUAUUAUUAAACCUCAUAGGAUUGUUACUCAGCAUUUAAAGUGUUUUAUUUGGGAUCUCACAUAAUCAGACAAGAGUUACUACCCUUGACUUAGUAAAAAAUACACAUAACAGGGCACGAGUUUGACCUAGAUUUAUGAAACAUAAUAGGAAUGUUAUUCAACAUGUGAAGUUUUAUACCUAGGGUUUUGUUCGGGACUUUUAUCGGUCAGACCAGAGUGAUGGCCCUUGAUUAAGUCAAAGAGCAUACAAGUUUGUGUCCAAUGUAUCUGAAAAAGUAUUUGACCUGGAGUCAUUACACAUUAGAGGAUUGUUAUAUAGCUUGUUUAGUUGUGCAGCAGGUGUAUUGUAUGGGACUUCACCCGGGCAGACCAGAGUUAUGGUCCUUUGCUUAUUGAAAAAUACUCAUUAAGUGCUUAAAAGCUUGUGCUGCAUAAAUGAGAUGUGGAACCAAAAUGUGUAGUCCUGUUUGGUGCCGUAUAACCUAUACUGUGUUGGUGUGCCAUAAAACCCAAAUAAAUAAAUUCUUUAAAAUAUUUCACCUAGAGUUCAUAAAUCAUGUACUGUGACAGGAAGGUGGGGGGCACCUGUGACCUGUGGACAUGCACCUAUCUUUAUAUACGUUCUUCUUGGGGGUGGGGGAUUUAUGACCUUUUUGUGUCAGUUCACUGUAAAUCCAACACACCGAGUCUCACAGAUUUUUAAAAAAAAUUUCAUGUAUUCCUUAUUCAUUUUUCAAAACAAACAUGUAUCUGUAUAAAAUCAGUCCCCAUGGAAUACAGCACUAACUGCAUAAUGACAUUAGAUAUCUUCAAAAUAUACUUUUGCAUGAUGGUUUUAUUUUACACAACUCCAAAUGGUAUGCUGUACAUGAUAUCCCACACCUUAGAUAGAUGUUUUGUUGGGAUAGUGCUUUGAUACUUGCACAACUUGCGUGUUUGCUGAACGUGAUCUGUGGUGUCCAACACAUAGCUUAGAUAAAUGUUUUGAAGUAGAUAUUGUCCCUGAAAUCGUAUUUGCAAGAACCUUGAUUUAAAUGUUAUAUUGAGGCAUUUUUGCCUUUAUUUGAUUGUUUUUGUGGACCUUUCUUUUCACAGUGUGGGGAAUCACACGAUCAAAAUAGCAUAUUAAACCAAAGUUUUAUUUUGAAUAACAUGAAUAAAUCUCCUACUGUGAUAAGAUAUGAAAUUCAAACAUAGCCUAACAUAUGACUAAUGAACAUUUUUAAAUAAUUAUGUAGCCUAACAAUGAUGAUAGAUUUCCUGUAAUUACAAACACUAAGGAAUAUAAGAUGUCUCAGUUCUUUGAAGUGUUCCAGAUAAUCAGAAGGCGAUCGUGAUUGAAAUCUAUGUAGUUUUAUGAUACAUCUAUGUUGCCAUGAUGAUAGGCUAUAUUUUAGAUUUAGGGCAAAACUUGCUUCAAAAUUAUCUCAUAAUUAUUAUUGACAAAUUUAUUUUGUUUUAGAGAUUAUUUUGAUCAUGUGAUUCCCCACAGUGUUUUCAGUAUUUUAUCUUUUUAGAUAAAGGAGUCAUUUCCAUAUUGUUGCUUUAGAAUAAUUGUUGCGUAAUGGAAGUUUUACGCUGUACCAGGUAUAUUAAUUAGCUGCCACAGGGACAGAUUUUGAAAUUGGAAACCCAUUUUUGCCACUAUUUCUGAAGUUUCCGAAGAUUUUGAUAUUGUUAAGAUACAGAUUUUAGUACAGAUCCAUAUCCUUUACAAACUGUUUUUCGUUGGAGAUUGAUUUUUAUUUAUUUUUUGUUCAAAUCAGUUUUUAAUUAGAGAUAAUUGCCCUACCAGUUACCUUAUAAAAAGUUGCUUUUUCAUGUAUCUAGGGUAUAUUGUAACAAGUGUCGGUCAGCUUACUGUAAAAGCACAAAAUUUUGCUGGGUCAAAAUUUCGCAAAUUUGAAAUUUUCAGUAUGUUCGUAAUGUUUAAUAUUCGCGAAAUGAUAUCAUAGUUGAAUUUGAAUUAUACUAAUGGUGAAUAUUUAUGCGAGAAUUAAUUUUCACGAGAUGUAGAGCCUCGUGAAUAUAGCAAAAAUUAAACCCUCGCGAAAACUCCUGCUUUUACAGUAUUUUGAAUUCGGGUUCAGUUUGAACACUGUUUGAACUGUCUAAAUUUAUUCACCAAUACUUCUUAUUAAGUCACUCAUUCUGUUGUUAACAUGUUCUGUGUAAUUAUUUAUUAUAACAAUAGAAGCAGUUGUAGUGCUAUUUCAAUCAUAGUGCAAUGAUUAAAAAAAAGAAAAUUUAAAACAUA